GAAAGACAGUGAGAGGAGGAAAAGAAAAAGAGACGGAGAAAGAGUCCAGCCCACUCCAGCAAAACCAUUCAACUGGUGCGCAAAGGAUCACAUUGGAGCCGCAGCGCCGAGCCAGAGAGAGAGGAGGGAAAAGAGGUGGACCGAGAACUUUCAUUGUCCAAACUUCUGAGAGAGAGAAAGCAAGACGGGGAGAGAGAGAGAGAGAGAGAGAGGGAGAGAGAGAGAGAAGGACCAAGAAAAGAGCAGAGGAACAGAGAGAAGGGAGAGAGAGCGCGAGAGAGAGAGUGAAAGAGAGAGCGAGGAAGUUAAGGACAACCUGGAGGACAGUUGAUUUUUUUUUCAGACGCUCCUCUCGGCCUGAAAGGACCGAGAAUAUUUUUUCAUUUAAUUUUUUCAUCUUUCCAUCAGUCGUUCCUCAUCCUCUCUCAGCAUCUUUGCUCCAUCCAUCUUUCACUGUGCGUGCACCAUCAUCCUCAAAGCCAGCCAGCCAACAAGCCAGCCGGCCACAGCAAACCAGCCAACCAGCCAGCUGUGAGCUGCUGCGCCUCCUGCGUCAUGUCCAUCUUACCUCUGCUCAGCUGGAGCUUGCUGCUCCUGGUGCAGGGCUGCAGCUCCACGCUGUCCAAACCCGCCGCGCUCUCCUUCCCCCGCCAGGCGGACGCCAGCUCACACUGCCCGUCCUGCGUGCUGGCCCGGAUGCGGAGGAACGAGGAAAGGGAGGGCAGGGUGGCAGAGGAGGAGGGGGAGGAGGAGGGGGUGGUGGCGAAUGCCGAGGCGCAGCCAGACGUGGUGGAAGCUGUGAAGAGGCACAUCCUGAACAUGCUGCACCUCCAGGCCCGGCCCAACAUCACACGGCCCGUGCCGCGCGCCGCACUCCUCAACGCCCUGCGCAAGCUUCACGUGGGCCGCGUGGCGGAGGACGGCAGCGUGCAGAUUGAGGGGGAGGAGGAGGGGAGAGGGCGGGGAGGGAGAGGAGGAGCAGGGAGAGGGGGAGACGACGGAGAGCCGCAGGAGACCACAGAGAUUAUCACCUUCGCAGAGGCCGGGGAAUCUCCGGGUGUGGUGAACUUUGUCCUAUCCAAGGAGGGUGGCGAUCUCUCCCUGGUGGAGCAGGCUAAUGUCUGGCUCUUCCUCCGUUUGGCUAAGACCAACCGUAGCCGCGCCAAAGUCACCAUCCGUCUGAUUCAACAGCGCCACUCUGCAGACGGCCGUCAGGACGCCAUGUCACCGGCCCAGGGUGACGUCCUCCUGGCUGAGAAAACUAUGGAUACGCGGCGCAGCGGCUGGCACACAUUUCCGGUGUCAGGCGCCAUCCAGGCACUACUGGAGAGCGGUGAAAGUUCCACACUUAGCCUGCGGGUGUCCUGCCCACUCUGUGCCGAUGCCGGUGCCACGCCAAUCCUCGUCUCUGCCGGUUCCGAGACAUCGUCCCGGACCAGCCAGCGGGAGCAGUCCCACCGGCCGUUCCUCAUGGCUGUGGUGAGGCCGGCGGACAGCGAGCCUCAUCGGCGCAGGAAACGCGGCCUGGAGUGUGACGGGAAGGUGCGCGUGUGUUGCAAGAGGCAGUUCUACGUCAACUUUAAAGACAUCGGCUGGAACGACUGGAUCAUCGCGCCGUCCGGUUAUCACGCCAACUACUGCGAGGGGGAGUGCCCCUCCCAUGUGGCGAGCAUCACGGGCUCCUCACUCUCCUUCCACUCCACCGUCAUCAACCACUACCGCAUACGCGGCUACAGCCCCUUCCAGAGCAUGCGGUCAUGCUGCGUGCCCACGCGGCUACGCGCCAUGUCCAUGCUGUACUACAACGAAGAGCAGAAGAUCGUCAAGAAGGACAUCCAGAACAUGAUCGUGGAGGAGUGCGGGUGCUCAUAGAGAAAAGAGAAACCCCAUAGCGGGAGCAAGCGGGCGGAUAGGAGGUGGAGUGGAGAGGACUGGGGAGGAGAGAAGAGCGAGUGAGAGAGCGAG